AAUGUUAAAAUAAAAUUCUCCAUGAACCUUUGGCUUUUGCACGGCAGCACGUCACAAAUUAGGCAACAGACUGGCGAACGCUGCAGAAAAAAUUCGUUGUACCAUUUUAAAUGGCGACAGCGCCAAAGCGAAAAGCCAAUGAGCCAGCUGCUGCUUCUUCAUCACAAGACCUAGUCAAUGAUCAGGCCUCGGGUCGUCGCCAGGAACAAAAAGUCUAUACAUUCAACAACGAGCCGAAGCAAGCAACUGCAGCCAAAGACGACAAAACUAAGCCACAGAAGACCAUACUUGAGGAGCAUGGCAUUAUACUGGGCAAGGUCAUAGGCACAGGUAACUAUGCGAAAGUAAAGAUCGGCUUCUCCGAGGAAUACAAUAAGCGUGUGGCCGUCAAGAUCAUAUCAAAGGUGAAGGCGCCAACGGAAUAUACGCAAAAGUUUCUACCUCGCGAAAUAGAAGCAGUCAAGGGUCUGCAUCAUGAGAAUCUCAUUACCUUCUAUCAGAGCAUUGAGACCAGUCAUCGGGUCUAUUUAAUAAUGCAGCUGGCCGAGAAUGGCACUUUGCUGGACUACGUGCGUGAAAAGAAGUUUCUGGACGAGCCCCAGGCCCGCACCCUCUUCCGACAGCUCAUCAGCGCCGUAGAGUACAUCCACAGCAAAAAUGUCGUCCAUCGUGAUAUCAAAUGCGAGAAUCUGUUGCUCGAUGAGAACUGGAAUCUGAAGCUCAUUGAUUUUGGGUUUGCGCGCAAGGACACAAAGACAAGCGACAACCAGGUGGUGCUCUCAAAGACCUUUUGCGGCAGCUACGCCUACGCCAGCCCCGAAAUAUUGAAAGGCAUUGCAUACGAUCCUUUUAUGUCUGAUGUCUGGGCUUGUGGUGUGGUCUGCUAUGCUAUGGUCUUCGGUCGUCUACCCUACGAUGGUUCCAAUGUUCACAUCCUGCUGAAGCGCAUCAAUCAGUCCCUGGUUUUCCCCAAGGCGCCAACUGCGUCCAGUGAGUGUAAGCACAUGAUAAUGCAUAUAUUGGCGCCACUGAAAAUCCGAUACGAUAUUCAAGCCAUAAAGGAAGAUACCUGGUUCACCAUGAAAACCUAAAAAUUCUGCAAUAUACUUAACAGCUGUAAAAGUGCGCGCUGUCGUCAAAAAAGUAUUACUAAAAUAGAGCAAUUUGUCUUGAUUAAAAUUGAACACAUUUUAUACAAAUAAAUGUAGAAAAACAAAAUAA